CACCAAAUAUAUUUUGUAUAGUUUUCCCUUAUCCUAAAAAUUAUCUACUUUUUGCAAAAAAUAAAGCACGCCAUUUUUUAAUAUAUUUUUUGAGUUUAAAUUCAAAAUGACAUUUUUCACAUUACGAACCCUCCUUUUUCCAUUAUCAACCAUAAAUUUCUUUCAGUUGUAGAAAAUAAGCCAAUUUUGUCCGUCUUCCAGUUGAUGUUACUAGAACACAUCAUCAUGUGCAGGUUGGUAAUGGGAAACAAGACACAAGCGUUGCAGGAAAUCUCUUCGGCGGCGGCAUUGUGCAAACAGCAUCCGAGGCUAUUGGAGACACACGGGCCGCAAUUACAUACGUUGCUGGGUCUUUACUCGAUGAGUAUGAAUUGCAUGGAAGCAGCCGAGGCGCAGUUCAUUGCAGCGUUAAAUACCUCUCGAGAAAGGGAACUGUGGACGUUCGCGAAUCUAAACCUAGCCAUUGUCUAUUUGAGAGGUAAAAGAGAGGCAGAUUUCGUUGCGUUACAUGACAGGAUAAAUCCGGAAAGUUUACCGUCGCAUUCUCACAGCCUGAGGGCGGCAGCUUAUUAUGUACAGGGACUGCAAGCGUUCUUUCAAGGAAGAUAUAACGAAGCAAAACGGUACUUAAGAGAAACGCUGAAAAUGGCGAAUGCCGAGGAUUUAAAUAGACUGACAUCAUGUUCAUUGGUUCUCCUCGGCCAUAUAUUCUUAUCUCUCGGUAAUAGUAGAGAAAGCAUGAACAUGGUGACGCCGGCAAUGCAAUUGGCUAGCAAAAUUCCAGACGUGCAUGUUCAAUUAUGGGCUUCUGCAAUUCUUAAAGAUUUGCAUCGAAUUUGCGGAGAUACUCAAAGAGAGAAUGAGGCUUAUCAAAGACAUGUAAAUUUUUCCCAAAUGCUGUUAAGCGACCAUUUCCAAGCUUCUCAGAUGCCAGAACACAACCUCAUUAUGUGGACACAGGGUAAUUUUCCAACGAACGCCAUAAACGCGCCUGGCACCUCGAGCAGUUUACUAUAGUGUAAUUAAAAUUUAUAUAUUAAAAAUAUGAAAACCAAA